UCCCGCGCCGUGCUCCCGCCCACCGAGCGGAUCAAGUUUGAAUGAACAACAGCAGUCUGUUCCGGAGGUGCUAGUUGCUUUUAUUUGCAGUAAUUAUUAUUUUUUUUUAAAAAGAAGGAAAAAAAAAAAGAAAGUGUGCAUCGCACCCGUGGGCUGCGCCGACCGAGGAUGGACAUGAAGAAGAGGAUUCACCUGGAGUUGCGGAACCGCACUCCGUCAGAUGUCAAAGAACUUGUUCUAGACAACUGUCGCUCAAACGAUGGAAAGAUCGAGGGCCUCACGGACGAGUUUGAGGAGCUGGAGUUCCUCAGCACAAUCAAUGUCGGACUCACGACGGUGGCCCACCUGCCCAAGCUAAAUAAACUAAAAAAGCUUGAACUCAGCGAUAACAGGAUCUCGGGGGGGCUGGAAGUUCUGGCAGCGAAAUGCCCCAAACUCACACAUCUCAACCUCAGUGGCAACAAGAUUAAAGACCUCAGCACGAUAGAACCAUUGAAAGAAUUGGCGACCCUGAAAAGUCUAGAUCUGUUCAACUGCGAGGUGACGAACCUGAACGAGUACAGAGACAACGUCUUCAACCUUCUCCCCCAGCUCACGUACCUGGACGGCUACGACAAGGACGACAAAGAGGCGCCGGACUCUGACGCCGAGGUCUACGCGGAGGGCUUGGACGAUGACGAGGACGAUGAAGACGAUGAGGAGGAGGACGAUGAAGAUGCAGCACCAGGAGAUGAGGAGGAAGAGGAGGAAGAAGAGGGAGAGGAUGACGACGAAGAGGAGAAUGAAGUAGAGGAAGACCUCAGUGGAGAGGAGGAAGAGGAGGAAGAUCUGAAUGACAAGGAGGUUGAUGAUGAGGAUGAUGAUGAGGAUGACGAAGCAGAAGAAGAGCGAGGUCAGAAGAGAAAACGGGAGCUGGAUGAAGAAGGGGAGGAGGAUGAAGACGAUUGAGAGUCCUCUGGAAGCUAAGUUGUGACCUGUUUUUAAAACUCCCCGUCACUUCCCAACAACCCCAUGUAUUUUACCCCCAGUUUCAUAUUGCAGUAGGAGUGGUUUUUACUAUUGGCCAGUCAGGUAGACGGGGUUGUCUGGGGAAACGAGUUAAAUGUAUUUACCUUUUUUGAUGCUCCCAUGUUCCAGUCCUUAACUGCUUUGUGGACACCAAUUUUAUAAUAUCAAAUAAUAGCCAAGAUAAACCUUUUUAAGAAAAUGUUAUUUUUUUUCUUUUCUCACCGUUUGUUUAAGACCAGUUUCUUAUGGCUUCAUGUAUUUUAAGAGCCCCCUUAAAAAAAUAAAAAAUAAAUGUGCAUGUCUUAAUACAUUUUAAAGUCAACUACUGGAUUUCAUGUAUGGCUGUCCUCUCCUCGUCUCAAACGUUAUAUUUUUUUGCAUUGUAUUUUAAUUUUAUUUUAAAUGUAAGUUAUAUGCAUUCGUAGUGUCGCCAGUAUGCCAAUACUCUGCUGUCCUGGUGUGAAACUUCUGUCUGAACAUGCACAGUGUGACCCCUCGCGGGGCAUAUUUUUAAAUCAUAGCAAAAAAAUAAAUGUCUGCCCUUGUCAAAGCUGCUCCUCCUCCUCCUCCUCCUCAAACCCUCAGCUUUGAUAGUUCGGAAAUUACGUGUUCUUGUAAAUAAUGACCAAAUCUAUUUUUUUGUAUUCUCUUUGAUGACGGCAGACAUUGAACAGACACUUGAGGUGAAACUAUGAAUUGUAAUAAGAUAUUAAAUAUGUAUGCUGCUUUAUCUAAAAUACGCAGUGUGACAAUUUUUUUCUUGGAAUUUGAACAUAACUUUGUAUGCAUAAUCUUUCCGUAAAGAAAGAUGUUCAACAUCAGAACUCAUCAUUGCUUUUUUUUUUUUCAUGUUCCUUUUCUGUGACACAGACAGGUGGCAAUGUUUGAAUUCGUGGUGGUAGUGUAGAGAAGUACUUGAUUUAUAAAUGGAGGUUACGACCGCAACUUAUGUGCAUUGAAAAUGUCUUGUUUCCAAGUGUAAACUCUGGAAAACGGUCAGUUAUUUGGACUUUGUUUUCACUAUUAUACGUACUGGUCAAAUUGGCCUACCUCAGUGAUUUUUCACGCUAUAUGUUAAAUCCACUGUCAUCAACCAAAUUGUUUCUUUUUCUCUCCCAUUUCACAUCAAUAAAUCCCUUUUUUAUAUA